AUGUAAAAGCCAUACAUCGUGAUAGUUGGUGUCUCACUCUUUUUUAUCACUCUGUUCCUCAUCAAUACAAUCCAUCAAUAUGAUGAAAUACCAUAAUAAACCCAAGAAGUCUAAUACAUAAAAGCCACAGAUUUGUUAGCUGUUUAAGUUCCUUUGCCUUGGGAAAUCAAAUAGCCUGAUGAAGAGCACUUAAAAAUACUUGAUCAAAAUGAAACUGAUAUCAUAGAAGGUUACUUUUAAACAAAAAAAUUAAUUAGAAAAGAAAUUCACCAAUGGAAUUACCAGAGAAGAAUUAGGUCGAGCCGGGUGGACUCUCUUGCACAUGAUUUCAGCCACUCUUCCAGUUGAUUUUGAUGAGGAAUUCACAUUCAAAAUCAAUGUCUUUUUGAAUCUAUUGUAAGACAAAAAUGCUAUUUUUCCACGUUAGUGGACAGUUCUUCCCCUGUAAGGAGUGUGCAGGACAUUUUCUGAAUAUGACCACCAUUUUGCCAUACGAAGGAACUACUAGAGUCGAUUUCAUGUAAUAUCUAUGCAUGUUGCAUAACGAAGUUAAUGAAAGAUUGCAAAAAGUACAUUUAAAAUUAUAUCAUAAGCCAAGUUUUAAUUGCAGUGAAAUACAUUAAAGAUGGGGAGGAGAUUGUGGUUGCAAGAGUGCCUUAGAAGAGAGCAUUAAAAAAUAUAGUAAAGGGUAAAAUUGA